AUGACGUGGCUAGAUGAGAUGGAUACGCUAGUUGAUAUAAGUGGAUGUGCCGACCAAGAUAUUGUGAAGUAUGUAUCACAAUCGUUCAAGGGAGAAGCUCUAGCUUGGUGGAGGUCCUUAAUCCAAGCUACUGGAAAGAUUCCGUUAUACAACUUAUCAUGGGCUCAGUUUGUUGCUUUGAUCAAAGAGAAUUACUGUCCUCAACAUGAGGUUGAGAAAAUCGAGUCUGACUUCUUGUCAUUGGUUAUGAAAAACUUAGACUGUCAAGCAUACCUUACCAGCUUCAAUACCAUGUCUCGAUUGGUUCCGUACUUGGUUACACUGGAACCAAAACGUAUAGCCCGUUUUAUUGGGGGUUUAGCCCCGAAGAUCAAAGCUAGUGUGAAGGCGUCUCGACCUACUACUUUUAGGUCAGCAGCUGAUUUGUCGUUAUCCCUUACUCUGGAUACGGCCAGACUAAGAUCGCUUAAGAAUUCAGAAGAAGGAAAAAGGAAACGUGAGGAUGAUAACUCACAACGUUCUGAUAAGAAGCGUAAGGGGAACACAGACCACAAGAAGAAUUCUGGGUCUAACAAGGGUAACCAGCAAACAGAUGAGAAGCCUAAAUGCAAAACCUGCCAGAAACGUCAUUUUGGAAAAUGCAGGUUUGAAUCAAAGUCACAGUCAAAGCCGAUUGGAUGUGGGAUAUGCAAAUCCAAAGAACACAAGACUUUGGAUUGCAAGAAGAUAAAGGAUGCAACUUGUUACAACUGUAACGUGAAGGGGUAUAUUAAGACAAACUGCCCAAAAUAUGCGAAGAAAUCUGAAGAAGGUAAGAAGACCAAUGCUAGGGUCUUUCAGAUGAAUGCACAAGAAGCAAUUCAGAAUGACAACGUGAUAACAGGAACCACUCCUUUCCGUUAUCUUUGCUUCCUUUGA